GUCUCUGUACUCUGGGGCGCUAGGACACCAUGGACUCAAAUGGCCCUGGCUCCAGCACUCCUUGUGGCCAGGGUCCCUCCUUCAACAUUCUGUCGUCUGCAGUUUCCUCCUCCUCCUCUCUGCGCAGCUCAAUGACUUCGGCCAAUAUGUCGGCAGGAAGCUCAGGCAGCUCCUUAGUGGCUCAUGAAAACCCUAGGAGAGUGACCUACAUGGCUGCAGAAUGUUCUGGAUACAAUUUACCAACAGAGAGGCCAUCAGGCAGCGGCUGUGCUUCAAUGCUUGCGUCACAGGUUGGUCAGACUGUGCCGAGUGAGGAGGAUCAGAGUGUAGGUGUUUAUGGCUUGCCAUCGUCCACAACAUCACCUGACCAAAUUUCACAUGCUCCAGUCAGAGAAGCAUCCAGUCCAAGCGAAAGACCAUCAACUACUCAGGGACAUAGCAGCAAAGAUCAUUUUGAUGAUGACAAAAUUCAACAAGCUGCGGACUCCAACAGUUCUAAGCAGCCGUUUGUUCCAUGCAAGGUGUGUGGAGAUAAGGCUUCGGGUUAUCAUUAUGGAGUGACAUCUUGUGAGGGAUGCAAAGGUUUCUUUCGACGCAGCAUACAGAAACAAAUUGAAUAUCGCUGUCUCAGAGAAGGCAAAUGUAUGGUCAUACGCCUGAAUAGAAAUCGUUGUCAGUAUUGUCGGUUUAAAAAAUGCUUGGCAGUCGGCAUGUCGAGGGACUCUGUUCGCUAUGGGCGUGUACCCAAGAGGUCAAAAGGUCAAGAGGAACAGAGCGUCAGCUCCAGCGACUCUAGUCAAGACCAGUCAGCUCUGGAAAGUAAACAGCUGGCCAUCUAUGAUGUGAUUCUCAGUAUUUCUCAGGCCCACCACGCUCACUGCGCCAUCACUGAAGAUAAAAGUAAAAAUAUUGUGAAACGUCACGCUACGCUGAUGACAAAAAUUCAGUUACCAACAGGGAGGCUGCAGUUUACAAAUGAAGAAAUAGAGAUGCAUCGUUUACUAAUGUGGCAGCAAUUAGCAGCACUAGUCACACCCUCCAUACACAGUGUUGUGGAGUUUUCAAAGCGGGUUCCUAAUUUUCCUGAUCUUUCUCAAGAUGAUCAACUUAUUUUGAUAAAGACAGGCUUUUUUGAAAUUUGGUUGGCAAGAAUGUCUCGUAUGAUACUAAAAGAUGAGGAUAUCAUUGUGUUUGAAGAUGGCAGUUGUAUAGCAAGACAAGAACUGGCUGUGGUGUAUUCACCUGACUUUGUCACCCUACUUUUUGAAGUGGCCAGUGGAUUUAAUUUGCUGAAUUUAAAUGAUACUGAAAUUGGCUUAUUUACAGGCAUAGUCUUAGCAACAUCAGAUCGUCAGGGACUAUCAGAUUCACAAUCUGUAGAACGGAUACAGGACAGACUGGUUGAAGCCCUGAAGCUUCAAGUGAGCCGCAACCACUCCACCGAAGAAAAUCUCUUCCCUUCAAUAAUUAUGAAACUGCCUGAACUCCGGACUCUAGGAUCGCAGCAUAAUGACCUGCUCAGGUGGUACCGUAUGCAGUGGCACCGCAGCAAUGUGCCACAGUUAUUUGCUGAGAUUUACGAUAUUCCUAUGAAAGUUUGAGUCCAGUAUUUGGUCAGAGUUAUGCGUUUUUAUCAAAUUGACAUGUAAGAGUAUUAGAUUGAAGGUUGUUUUUUUUUUUUUUAGAGAAAUAUUUUUUACUGAAUGAUGUUUUUCUUUUUUCUUUUCUUAAUGUGAUGAUAUUAGCCUAGAUAAUAGGCAUGUGGAAAAGUUAUCCUUUAUAUCAUGGUUUUUCGCUAGUUUGAGUAACUGGUCUGAAUCAUUUUGAACAUUGAUGCCAGCUUAUAGCCCAUGAGUCAAAAGCAGCUCCUUGAAACUUCUCACAGGACAUAGGGGCAGGGCCGGUCUUAGGCCACUGCAACCUAUGCGGUCGCAGUGGGCCCCGCGCUAAUUUUAUGUGUAAUUAUUAAUUGCAAAAUAUAUAAGAAAAAUUCCUGGAAAUAACCUGCACUUAUUAAAAUUUCCUGAAAACUCAUUAAAAAAUAGACAAAAUUAUCAUUUGUGUGUGUCAUUCAUUAUGGAAAACGCCAUUCCUACACGCGAUUAAAAAAAAAGGCAGUGUCAGCUUUCGUGCGAUAAAAUGUAAUAAUCGGACGAAUUUUCCUCAUAACAGAAAGUUCCAAUACUGUAUUUACUUUUAUAGUCACUGGAAUAUAAAUAUACCAUAGGUUGCAAGAUUGGUAAAGUAAAAUUAACUUGAUCGCAAUUUUUUACUUAGAAAAGAAUGAAUAAAAUGCAAAGCCGAAUUUAUUUUCUAAUACAAAAUCUUAAUUUUCAUUUAUUAUCCUUAUUCCCACCCUGACUAGGCCCAGCACAAUUAGAUUUGCAUAGGGCCCCGUAAUCGCUAGGACCGGCCCUGCAUAGGGGAGAUCUAUAUGGCGCCC